GCUCUGAACAGGGGUAUUGCAGCUGUCAAAGAGGAUGCGGUUGAGAUGCUGGCCAGCUACGGCUUGGCUUACUCCCUUAUGAAGUUCUUCACAGGGCCUAUGAGUGACUUCAAGAAUGUGGGCCUGGUGUUUGUCAACAGCAAACGCGACCGCUCCAAAGCCGUGCUGUGUAUGGUCACCGCCGGGACGAUAGCUCUUAUCUUUCACGUUCUCAUCGCCUACACAGAACUGGGCUACUACAUCAUCAAUAAGCUCCAUCAUGUGGACGAUUCUGUCGGAAACAAGACCAGGCGGGCUUUCCUCUACUUGGCAGUGUUCCCUCUACUCGAUGCCAUGGCCUGGACACAUGCCGGUAUUCUACUUAAGCACAAACACAGCCUAUUAGUGGGCUGUGCCUCCAUCUCUGAUGUCAUAGCUCAGAUUGUCUUUGUGGCCAUCUUGCUUCACAGUCAUUUGGAGUGUCUGGAGCCUAUGUUGAUCCCUAUCUUGUCCCUCUACAUGGGGGCCCUGGUGCGCUUCACUAUUGUAGGACUGGGCUACUACCGCAACAUCCACUACAACAUCCCAGAGUCCAGCGGACCUGAAGUGGGGGGAGACGCUACCAUCAAGAAGAUGCUGAGUUUCUGGUGGCCCCUGGCCCUGAUCCUGGCCAUGCAGAGAAUCAGCAGGCCUAUCGUCAACCUCUUUGUCUCCCGGGACCUCAAGGGAAGCUCGGCUGCCACCGAGGCGGUGGCAGUACUGACCGCAACCUAUCCUGUGGGUCACAUGCCGUACGGCUGGCUGACAGAACUACGUGCAGUCUACCCCGCCUUCGACAAGAACAACCCCAGUAACAAACUAACCAACAUCAAUACCACAAUCUCCAAAUCCCACAUCAAGAAGUUCACAUUUGUCUGCUUUGUACUUUCUAUUACGCUAUGCUUUUUGGUGUUCUGGACGCCUCACAUCUCGGAGAGGAUCCUAGUAGACAUCAUUGGUGUGGACAACGCCUUCGCAGAGCUCUGCGUCCCUCCACUGCUAAUCUUCUCCUUCUUCCCUGUUCCAGUGACCAUCCGGGCUCACCUGACGGGCUGGCUCAUGACUUUGAAGAAGACCUUCGUCCUUGCUCCCAGCUCUGUCCUGCGCAUCAUCGUACUGAUCACCAGUCUCAUUGUACUCCCUUACAUGGGGGUGCAUGGAGCCAGUCUGGGAGUUGGGUCUCUCCUUGCCGGAUUCCUUGGAGAGUCGACAAUGGUGGCAAUAGCUGCCUGCUAUGUCUAUCGAAAACAGAAAAAAAAGGAAGACACGGAAGUUGAAGAGGCUGGGGAAAGGGAAGAAGACUCUGCCCCAAUGAAUGAUGUGCAGCCCCGGAGACAAAUGGACGAUAUCGUGGAGGAAGAUGAGUGAGCCAAGGACGCUGAAGGAACGUUGAAGGACAUGCUGGGGGAUAGCACAAGGGAGUUCCCUUCUUUUACUGGGACAGUUUUUCAAUCGCUUUUGGCAGCCUGUUGAUGCCCCCCUUUUAACCGUACACGGUUUAUGAGGAUUGGAGAGUACCCAAACAACAAUCUGAUUGCUACCAAGCCAGUGAAGCAUGGUAAAGAUGCUAACUUGUACCAAAGCAAAUGUUGCGCAUUUAACUCCAUAUCUUCGCCAAACUUUUCUGUGCUGCCGUCCUCUACUUUUAUGAGCUAUUAUGAGGAAACUUUUUACUGUACUGUAUAACUUCAACCGCUUGGAAAACAUAUAUUUUGUUUUACUUUGAAUGUACAAGAUAAAAAAUGUAUAAGAAUUAAUGAUGCUGAGGUAGGUCCUUGUGUUGUGACCUUUUAACUUGAUUUAAAUUGGCUGUACACCAGUUGGGGAAUAGUUUAUGGUUCCCAAUAAUAAACAAUAAAAUGAGAAUUAUGAUAUAUUAACCACAGAUUUCUAUCAAAGUUGAGAAUGAAAAAGGGAGAUUUAAGUGGUUUCCUGGUGUGCGUGCGAGUGAUGGUUUGGUGCCGUUAUAAAACAUUUAUAUUAUAAUGUUGUCGAUGUAAGAAAACAUGGUCAAUUUCUGUAUAAGUGAUGUUAACUGAAAUGGCAGGUUGG